UAUGUCAAAUGGUAUGACCCGUAUCAUCCAUGUGUUUUUCCCGACAAAGAGAGCGGGAAGUUGCAUGAGUUUGAUAAACGUCGCCCAAAGUUUGGUGUGUCAACAACUCAAAUUCAAAAUGGCAGCACAAGAAACGACAAUGGAAGGUUCAAAUGGUUCUAAUGUGACAGUGGCCAAUCAAGCUACUGGUAUAAGUUUACACCCACAAGUUGUACCACUAAACCACGAAACCUGCAGUGUCGACAUUAUUGACUGGUCCGACGACAAUCGUAUUGCCGUGGCAACCAAAAAGGGCGUGUACUGCCUGAACUUCUUGUCCUCAGCUGACCUUGUUGACGAGAACUUUAGGAUGCAAAGAACGUUCCUUGAGCUCUCUACAAAGAAGGCUGUUAGUGGAACUAACCUGUCGCAAGAAUAUAUGCAUGGGCAGGUCAUCGCCUUAGAGAAUGGCUACCGGGCCGUUCGCUGGUCGCCCUUAGAGUGCGGCGCGGACGGAAGGUGCUUGUUAAUGACCUUGACCUUGGACCACAGUUUAGCUGUUCACUUUUCGCAGCAAAGCCAGCUACACUGGCAAGAGAUUUUAGACUUCUCCGAACUAGAAUCAAGCCACAAAGAGACUGCAAAGUCUGGUAAGAGAUCGCCUAAACUCUUUGCAACAGACAUGCAGUGGUCAGAGACUUUUUGCAAGGCGUGUGAUACAGGGGAUGGAUUUGAACUUGACAGACACGUCAUGCUAGCAGUGGCCACAAACAGUGGCCAGGUUGUUCUGUGGGAGUUUAAAUGUCCCAUUGUAGACCGCACAAGUGCCGUGGGCCGCCAACUGAUCGAAACAACUUCAGAAUGUAUCACAUGCCUGGCUUGGGUGCAGGAACAGAAUAAUCCACCAGGGGGCAUUGCUUUUGGCCACCUGGAUGGGACAAUCUCCAUAUGGCCUACAGGAGUGGAUACAGGGUCAACGACCUUCCUGACAACACCUACAGUGUUGUGGAAAGAGAAGGAUCUGCUAGCCGUAACAUCUGUGAAAUCGAGGCCUUUAGAAAAGAAUGGAAGUAUCCUUGUGGCAAGCAAAGGGCCCAAUGUGAUGUGCUUUGAGAUAGAGAAGUCAGGGGACAACAUCACGCUUUUACAUACAGUGUGGACAGAUGCCAUUCAUUCUAUGCCUAUUUUGGGGCUAGCUUUGAGUACAGAACACAAGAUAUACACUUGUUGCAUGGGCAGUGCAAUUACAGUCACUAACAUCAAGAGAAACAAAUCAGGCUUGUCUUUAGAAGCAUUCCCAAUCGAUACCAACUCAUCUCUGCUUAAGCGUGGUUACGGUGUAGCGCUUUCAAGAAACUCUGUGUUUCUGGGAUGCGUAUCUGGACUAACCGAUACCCUGAAUGGCGUGGUGAAACUUCAGGUGAACUUUCUACAGUUGAAGUCUCAGGAAGAAGUAACAGCAGCUUUGGUAUCACCAAAGGUUGGGACUCUGGCUCACAACAAAGACUUGGUAGAGUACUGGAGACAGAAGUCAUCGUCCUCAAGGUCGUUGCCCCCCAAUCUGAAGCCCAUACUGUAUGAGGAGCCAAAAAUACAUCCACAUCUUCAAUUUUUCCUGUUGAGACUCUCCAUUGCACUGGAGAAAGAGAAGGGUGAACUCGGCAAUGCAGGAACUGUGAAAGAUUUGGAAGACAUGCUAGCAAGAGUGACCACCUUUUUGGCUGUGAGACAGAUGCAGAGUAUGUUCAGUGGACAGGAAACAAGCAUUCCCAAGGCACCACUGAUGAGAACAAUUCAAGAUUGGCUGAGGAAAAAGGGCCAUGGUGACCCUGACGUUCCAGUGGCUACGUCGGUAACAGAACACCCAGCGGAAAUAUGCAGAUUAUGUCAGGGGUCAAUCGAAUUUGACGACGUCAGAGCGGCAACGUGCGAAAAUGGCCACUCAUGGGAACGCUGCUGUCUGACAUUUGCCGCCUGUCAAGUUGUUCCCUACAGGAAGUGUAGGCUGUGUGGUGCUGCAGCUCUUCCUAAACCUGCUAGGGGGAGUCGAGAAGUUUGUCCAGAACUGCUCAUGAGCAAUAGUUGUACUUUCUGUAGUGGAGACCUUCUGUGAUAGUAACACCA